AUGGCGCCUACCGAACACACCUUCCCCGUCUCCUCCCUCCCCUCUCAGGUCCACUCUACCACCAAGAAUUUCAAGACCAAAUCUCGCAAGCUUCCCACCGACUUUGACCUCCAGCGCGCUUGCGAGCUAUUCGAAGUCGUGCAAUACAGCUGCACAUCCGAGAAAGAGAUGCGGGACGCAGUCCUGCGCAACCCCAACGCAAAGCCUUUGCCCAUGGAAUGCUUCCCCUUCGUGAGGUUAUUCAGGCGGUGUGGGCAGAGGGAUGGUAGCGUAUUCCACGUUGAGACGACUGCGUGGGAAGGGCAGUAUAAGUGGGAGGCGCCUACGAAGAGGAUACUUGAAGAGGCAACCACUCUGCAUGAUGACGCGAAAGAGAAAGGCAGGGGCAGAUGGUCGUGGUGGUCUGGAUGA